CCACCAUCCGAAAAAGAAAGUUGGUUGGGCUGAUGACUAUUAACUUCUUGAGAUGAAAACCUUGAUGGGCGAACCAAAGGCAUUUAUUUCCUCCUCUUUUCUCGCCUGUCUUCUUUCGUCUUCACUUUUCAUUCUCCUUCCACCUCCACAUUCUGCCUUUACCGUCAUUUUGAAAGUACCUGACUAAGAAUGCUGCACAUCGACGGCGGUGAUUUCGGCGUGAUCCUCGAUGAACGCGAGGAGAAAGGGAAAUGGAAGCCUACGCGGCUGCGCCACAUCCCCUGGAACGACCUGCUAAGGAUUCUAAAGGUGACGAGGAAUGGUGAUACAUUGGUCCCGACGAAGCAGUACGACUGCCCCCAACAUCUCAUUCGAGUGAUCCAAGAGCAUGACAUCCUUCGCGAGACCCAGCAAUCACUUCUAUUGCAUGAGGACUCUUUUGGGGCACCGGGUCGAUAUUGGAAGCUGAAAACAGCGAUAAAAUCUUGCCUGGCUGUUGAGAGGCUAGAUAUCGAGGGAAGAACAGUAGAAGAAACUCCGUGGUUGAGGAGGAGAUCUGAGACCCUACAGCACCCGCGGCCGCUAUAUUAUGACAGAGGCCCACACAUCUUUGCUGGAUUCCGAUUUCGAGAAAGAAAUAGAUACUUGGAUCCGAGGAUCAGCAAAGCAGUCUACUAUGGGCCCAGGCGAUGGCAGAUUGGGCUGACAAUUCGGUAUACAAAACCAGAAUGGGUCAAGUGGGAUUUGAAAACCUGUCUGGUUGAUAUGAGGGUAGUCCAACUGACUCGCAAGAAGCGUGGGGAGCAAAACUUGGAUGUGUAUGGGAUCGUGACGAGUGGAGAUCUUCUCCAGUUUCAUAAGCUCAACGAUGCGGCAGAGGUGCAAUCUUCCCCGGUAUUUCUCCUUACGAACGAAGGUCUUCCCGCUAUAUGGCCCUAUUUACGCGAGAUCAUCCAUGCAAUACAAAUAAACGCCCCUGCACCUCUCGACCCAAACCUUGUUGGUGAUGGAGUGGCAAGAUCAGCACGUUUUGCAAUCGAGCGGAGUAUUCUCUUGUAUUCAUUGGAGAUGAACCCGGACGGUACGGCUCGCGAGUUACCUCAAGCCUCGGAGUUUGGUGAUGAGGAGGAGCACCAGAAAGCCGUGCAACUGGAGAAGCGCAAACGUCGAAGGGCUCGGAAUUUUGCUGGCGGCCCCCGUGGCCCUGAAUCUGAUCGGUAUAUUUCUGCUGAGCCUGACUCCGACUCGGAGGAUUGCUACGAGGGAAUAAGACCACAUGUGUUUCCCGAGGAAUGGAAGACAAAACGUGGGGUUAAAGUGCGAUAUGAGUUGGAUUCUAGCAGUGAGUCUGGAGGCUCCGAAAGCGAGGACUCUGAAGCCGAAGAGCCCAAGGUUGAGGACCUCGAACUUUGGCCCGACCCUGAGGAUGAUUUCACAAUGUUGUGACGGUGGACGGAUAGGAUGGAGCUAUGCAGCGAGAACGCAGCUGAACAAAAAAAACAAAUGACUUGCUUCAUUGAUAUAAAGUCAAUAAUCAGUAGUCCCAGGUAGUGUUAUGAGUUCGGAGUAUCGCAUCACAGCAACUCAUACCCCUCUUCCGAGCCUGGAGCAUUGCCAUCAUCGUGAGAUCCGAUCUGUACCCCACAUCCUGCACACUCUCCUUAAGGUCAGGGUGAGGGCACGGCCUCUCACAGCCCAGGCCGUCCUCCUCCAAUUCCGACUCCUCACAGAUGAUCCGAUCACACUCGGCAUUGCCCGGGCUUAGGAGAGGAAGCCGCUCCACAUAUUGACGCCUGAGUCUUGCAUUCGUUAUAGCUUUCGGGGAGUCAUCGGGUUGCUCGUUAGGUCUGCCGUCCGAAUUCAAGCCCCAUUUAUGAUUAAGGGGCAUCCUCGCGACGCGGAAGUCUCGUGUCUGCCUCAUAAUGCAUUUCUCGGGGUCAGCAGGCGGUGGUACCUUGAUCUGAAUUGCGUGUAUAAUGGAUCGGAGGGAGCUCCAUAUGGGCGGCAGCCCUUCACCGUCGGGUAGGAAGACAGGCAAGGAUAGGACCUCUCCGUUGCUGGUGAGUUUAUUCAAAUGUAUGAGCUCGCCGCUUGCUACGAUCCCGUACAUGUCGUCAUCUGAGCCCUUGUUGCGCUUUUGGCGGGUUCGCUGUAUGAUUCCUAUAGUCGACACGUGGCUUGUCAGCGGACUUUGAUUCAAUGAAGCAUGUAUAUACAGAAUGAAAAGAAAAGAGGGAAGCAACAGGAGUGCAAUAUCCCACUCAUGGCACCAAGCAACUCCUCAACUCCCACUCCACCCUCUCUGGGCCUGUAGACUUUAUCACAAGCCCAAUACCAUACUUAGAGUCGUCAUAACGCACAGCGCCAUUCUUAUUUGAAUCCAGCCCUCUGUUGUUCCCUUUGAGCACGAACCCUGCGUAGGUAUAUGGAGAUAAAUCAGUAUAAACAGCGGACCUGACAGCUCCAGCUUCGCAGAUGUCCGUAACGGUUUGCUGUCAAGGUCUCCUGCUCUCCCUUCAAUAUCCAGCCUCUCAGCGGUGAGGCAGGAUCGGAUGAUGGUACGCAAUUUUCAACCCCAGUUGAAGUCUCUAUAGUCGACGAGGAAGAGAUGGCAUUCGCGGACGUCGUGUUCUUUGAUU